AUGAAGGUUUUAGUAUUGUAUGAUUUUGUGGGUGAACCCGGCUCAUCAGAACUAUCAGUGACUGCUGGCGAGACACUGUUGGUAACACGACAGGACGUUGGUGAGGGCUGGUGGGAAGGAACAAGUCCUUCUGGCCGCACAGGCUUGUUUCCAGCGGCAUAUGUUGAGGAAAUUAAAACCAAAGCAGAUGACAGAACAGAUGAAAGUAAACCACCGCCAGCUUUACCGCCACCACCGUUACCGCCUUCAACAGAUCCAUGGGGAGUUGACGAUCAACAAAAUGAGUUUUAUUCACAAGUACCCGGCAGUCAAAGUCAGCAACAAAAUGCAUAUCCACAUCAACAGUCACCUGAUGAUUAUUAUGACGAUGAAUGGGAUGAUGAUUCUGAAUAUGGUGGUGGCAGUACUGUGGCUUCAUCUGCUGCUAUACCUCCAACUAUUCAGUAUCCAGCUAUAGGAACAAAGUCAACAUCGAUAAGAAAAACAACAGGCAAGACAGCUGCAACAACUGGUGGUAGCAGUUCUCGGUUUUCUAAGUUGGUAGGUGGUGGUGACGCAUCAUAUAUAAUGGGUGCCAUCCAGCCGCCCAUCCACUUACCCGAUACGGAAAACAUUACAAUUGUUGUGCGUGGUGGUACUGGUGGUGGCCCUAUGGCAGUGGAUGUUGAAUGGUGCCGAGACCCCGACGAUGAACCACAAGGAUACCAGUGUGUGGUGGCAUCUCCAAAGAAAGAAUCGAAACUCAAAGGCCUGAAAUCAUUUAUUGCAUACCAAAUAACUCCAACGUUUAACAAUAUUCAAGUAUCCAGGAGGUACAAACACUUUGACUGGUUACAUGAACGGCUGUUGGAAAAAUACUGCUGUCUAGUGCCAAUACCACCAUUACCAGAUAAACAAAUUUCAGGUCGAUACGAAGAACAAUUCAUUGAACGUCGUAAACAGCAAUUACAGGCGUUUGUAGAUGCAGUGUGCCGACAUCCCGUGCUAUCACGAGGUUGGGUAUGGCGGCAACACUUUAUCACAUGUACGGACGAGAAGCGCUGGAAGACUGGAAAGCGGAAGGCUGAAUCACGAAACACAAGUGCUGAGACGCUCACUGGGGCCAAUGUAUUUUUUGUAAUUAGAGUAGUGUCUGCAGAUGGUAGUAGUGAUCCCCCUCCUCCUAUCAAUCCAGCUAUAUUAGACCGUGAAGUAGAUGGAUUUCAGAGAUUUGUGGCCGGACUAGAGGGAGCGUUAAAAAAUAUGGCACAAACUGUAGCAGAACAAUCAAAACGUAUGCAAACAUGUUAUAAACGUGAUGCUCAAAGGUUAGGCCAGUCAUUUUAUAUGCUAGGUCAUGCAUAUAGUGGAGCUUCAUCUUCAUCAAUUGGAGAUACUAGUGGUAAUGGAAAUGUGAUAAGUCUAACUACCCGACAGCUGAUGACGGCACUGAAGAAAACCGGUGAUGUGUACAAUGAAAUGGGUGGACGGCUGAUGGACGAGCUACCCGCUGCAGGAUGGGACUCAUUUGCUGACAUGUUACAUGUGUACCGUGGUGUUGCAGGCGCAUUCCCUGAUAUACUGGCUGUGCACAAGAGUGCAGUGCAGAAACGCAAAGAAUGUGAAAGACAGUACUCCGAAGGUUUACCGAUUGGCAGCAGUGGUGGUGAUGGAGCUGGAGGAUCUAGUGGUGGAGCAUCGUCGUCUGGCUCUGGCAGUGGUGGGGCUGUAGCAGUAGCAGACCCAGAACAACAGCGGCGGCUACUGCGUGAGAUGCAACGUCGUACUGACUUAGUGUCGUAUGCUCUGUUAGCAGAGAUAAAUCAAUUUCAUCGAGACCAUGUACUUGGCCAAAUGGCUGGCCAUGUUCGUCAGCUUUUACGCAACCAGAUAGAAUAUUACAGAAAAGUUGCUGACAGUUUAGAAAACGUUUUACACAUGUACCCUGAUAAUGGUGAUGAAGACUCUAUAGGAGUUGGAGUAGACCAUCAUUAUGAGCAACAACACUACAACCAAGGAAUAAUCGAUGAUAAUGCGUCUUAUCAACAUCAAUAUUAUUCAAAUCAGUAG